ACUGUCAUCAGUGUCAUCACUGACGGAGGGCGGACGUCGCUCCGCGAUUCGAUUCGGAGCGGCCCUCGAUUUUAAUACUGGAUUCUACCAAGAUCCUCCAAGAAAGUAGAACGUGACGGGGACCCUCCGCGGGAUAUUAUGCGGCGCGAGCGUCCUACCGAGACCGAGGUCACGUUGUUCGGCACGACGCUGUCGCGCGCGGCGAUCCUUUAAUCCUCGGCACCGAUAGAUUGCGGACGCGCAACACCUCGAAGAUCAUCGCCGCCGCUUUCGGCUUUCGGCUUUCCAGUUACUCCCGAUCGACGUCCACGGGAUCGAGUGAUUCCGCGCGCGCGUCCGUAUCGUAAACACGGCUCUGCCGCCCGCGAUGGCGAAUCUCGGCGUGUCCAAGCGGUGGGUCUUACUCCUUUUGUUCGUGCAGAGUCAGACGGGUCACGGCCACGACGAGGAUGCGCAUACCCUCCGGUACACCCACGACACGUUUUCCGCGCAAGUUGGCAAGAGGAAUCAUUUCGUCAUGUUCUACGCGCCAUGGUGCGGUCAUUGCCAGAGACUCGGUCCCACGUGGGAGCAGCUAGCGGAGAUCUCGAACGAGGGGGACAACGAUAUAAGAAUCGCCAAGGUGGACUGCACGAUCGAGAGCGUUUUAUGCAGCGAGCAGGACGUUACUGGUUAUCCCACGCUAAAGUUUUACAAGGCUGGAGAAACCAAAGGCGUCAAAUUCCGAGGCACUCGAGAUCUACCUACCUUGACUUCUUUUAUUGUUGAUCACGUAGGUGGUUCUUCUACGGUUGAAGAUGUGCCAUCUCCUCCAGAAGCGGUGAAUGGAUUAUUGGAAUUAACGGAGGAUACGUUUGAGAAACACGUAUCUUCCGGGCAUCAUUUUGUCAAAUUUUAUGCACCCUGGUGCGGACACUGCCAGAAAUUAGCUCCGACGUGGGACGACGUAGCCAACAGUUUUCGCAACGACGACGUAGUCAGUAUUUCUAAGAUUGACUGCACGCAGCAUCGUAGCAUUUGUGGCCAGUUUGACAUUAAAGGAUAUCCCACGUUGUUGUGGAUCGAAGAUGGAAAGAAGAUAGAUAAGUAUACUGGCCAGCGUACUCAUGAAGAGCUAAAGGCUUACGUGUUGAUGAUGUUGGGUAAGAAUGCUGACGAGCCGAGCCGAAAGAGCUCAAGUACUGACGGACUCCCGCAUGCUAUAUUAAGCCUGACAGCCGACAGUUUCAAGCAAGGUAUCGAGAAAGGUCUUUCAUUCGUCAAGUUCUUUGCACCUUGGUGUGGACAUUGUAAACGCCUGGCUCCCACGUGGGAAGAGCUGGGCAAGAAGUUCUUCGGCAACGACAACGUGAAUAUCGUCAAGAGCUCACGGUAAAGCAGAAUCCGAAAGACGCAAAUCUAGGAACUCUUGGUCGUCAUCGUCGUUGGAAAAAAAUGUCAAUUUAACAUUAAACAGAAAAGUUAUGUCGUCAAGUACACGUACGUGCUACACAACGUGAGUUGGAAUGUUAAAGAAAUGAGUUGAAAUGUUAAUGAAAUUUUCUGACGGAUCGAUUCGUUAAAACUGCUUAAUGAACUUCGCGAUCUUAUUCGUAUUCCUGCAACCCGCUCGCGGAAAAAGAAAAAAAAGCGACGUAUCGAUAUAGGCUGGCGUCUCAAAUGCGGCGUGUAAGAAAUUACGUGUUACGUUUCGUCAGGCCGGUUUGCGACAGAGAAAAUUUACAGUGAAACGAAUCGUUUUUUUUUUCUCCCGAUCGUAAGAUUACCAUAAUUAUCUUCUGACUGGUUUCUGGAAACUGCCGAUUGAUCGCGGCGCGGCGUAGGACUGAAGAGAGAACGCGAGCUGGAGAACGGCCGCUCACGGUUUCGCUUAAAAUAAAUUCUUCGAAUUAAAUCGAUCUACGUCUUCAACGAAUUAAAUAUUACUCGUGUACGUGAUCGACUUGCCCGCUCUUUUCACGCGUACUUACUUUUUCCGGUUCCUCGCGGUUUUUCAAGCAGUAGAGAAAGUGGAGCGCGUUGUUGCAUCACGCAAACGGAUAUCGUGUACAUACAUAUGUAUAUAUACAAAUUUCGAUGACGUUGAGAGGUUGAACGCCUUGGGAAGUAUUACGAAUGACGUAAAUUUCGUAACGCUGUAUCCGAGAUUAAAAAUCCGUGACUAUCCACGUCUAAGAUUUAUUCAGCGUAACGGCGACACGUCUCAUUGGUAAUAUGAAUUAAAAUUAACGAGAUGAGAACCGUCGCGCAUUUAUCAAUGCAACACGAGUUCCCGUCUAUAUUCUUGCGUACUUUAAUCUUAAUUAAUAUCACAUUCAUAUUAAUGCCGCUAUUUUUUAAGAGAGAUAACCGUUUCUUCUUAAAAUGCACACUUAAAAUGCAUACUUGGCGAAUUCUGAUACUUUGGAUACUCGCGCUUAUUUCAAUCGCAAUAGGACAAGAUGUUGCAUGUACCGAUGGUGCUCUUUCUGAUCUCAGGGUCGGGGCCAGUCAGUGUAAUAGAGCAUAUUAAAAAAAAAGAAGAGAAACAUCACACAACAGAUAUAAAAUUAGACUGUUGUAAAGUUUACGCGGCGAUCGAGCGUGACAUGCGUGAUUUAAAACGUGCUGCAAAUUUGGUGCGAGCUUAAUGUGACGUUACUUUUUCUUUUAAUAAAUACACUUAUCUCGCGCGGGACACAAAAUACGAUUCCUACGUCAAACGAAUCCUCAUAAAAAAAGGCCAUGUAGCAAUACAAGAUUUCUGCGGCGUUAUCAUGGGACGUGAUAUUAAAUGGUGAUGCGCGUGCCAGGAGGGAUGAAAUGCGUUUCAGUCUUAUCACCUGGAAACACCUAUUUUUCGGCUUUAACUGUACAUUUUCUGAAAUCAAUCGAACGUGUAUCUGAUAUACAUCUGAAAAUCUCGGGGCGAGAAAUCCCUUGUCUCUCCAGCCACGUCGGUGAGACACGCCACUUGGAGUGCGUAAAUAAUUUCGUUAUAAUUUCCCGAGCGUCGGGGAUUCUUCAUUAAAAUUUAUAAAACGCAGCACUUGUAUACGCGUCUUAUGCAAAUUUUAUUUUCCCCUCAACAAGGCAUGGCUUGAUAUUUCUGAACUCAUUCUACGGUCUCUCAGACCGACGGAACACAAAAUCAACGUUUUUUUCCGGUUUUCCGAAAAUUUAGCUUAAAAAUAUCAGAAAAAUAAAGAUUAAUUUUAUUUAUUUUUUUAUUUUUUUUAUUUUUUCGUUAAAAGACAUUCUCAACUUUAACAAGAAAUCACACGCAAAGUUUAUACCAAAAACAAACUUAAUGUAUUAAACUUGUAUUACAUAUAAAUCGUUGUCUCACCGUGAGUCCAUGUGUCACAGAACAUGGGGUGAGUUCAAGAAGAUUAAAAUACUCCAAAUGCAGAUAAAAAAUUAUGUGAUAAUGAUAACGACGUAGCAAGAGAGCGAGAGCUCAUGGCAUAUUUUAAAUUUUAACACAAAUUAUUAAUACGGUCGUCCAGCAUUGAUGUUGAUUCAUCAUUUAGACGUACGAUUCUACAAUCAAGUGUACCAGUCUAGAGUCAAAAUAUAUCAACUCAAUGUAUAAUGUGAGAUUUACGUGCUCAAUCAAUAGCACGGCAACGAGAAUAAUGUGCAGAAAUAAGCUGCAUUAAUUAUAAUUUUUCAUUGAGAUACGUUCGAAACGAGAAUAGAUUACUGAAAUGUCGUAAUGCAAUCAAUAUGAUAAACCUCUUUUUUUAAUAUUAAUCUCGCUUUUUUUUUCAUUCUGAAUGCACGCGUAGUACUUUACGGAAAGAUUGAAAAGAAGAAGCUAAGCAGAUAUUGGAUAUUGGAAGGGAGAUAAUGGGUUAUUUAUCAAGUUCUUUGACUAUAAAUACACAGUCAAAGUCAGUUCAGUGAUGGUUACGCAGAGGAAUCUUCCGCUAUGAAGAAAAUAAUUUUCGGCUGUUACGUAGCUAACGCUUCGUUAGAGCCAACAUCUUAUCUGUUUGCUUCCAUUCGUUGCAACGCGUAUUAUUGAAAGUUUACGAAAUUUAUGAUGUUUCAGCCGAGUCUUAUUACUUUGUAUUACGUCUGUAACGCCAGGCAAUCUUUUUGCACGUAAACAAAGAUAAAUAAAAUUUAUCAUUCAUAAAGGAAUACGCAUGUAUGUCAUAUUAAUUUAUUAAAUUGAAAAAGAUCAAGAGACACGGUAGUGUCUCGCGCCAAGUACACGCGGAGCGAUAUGUAUAAACGAGACUACGUAAUAUACCGAUUAUUGAAUAAAAAUUUGCGUUACCAUAUUUUCGUUGAAGAAGACUUUAGAUGGAUCAUAAAAACCUAGCUUAAAUAAGAAAAGAUAUAGGACACGUUGUAAAUUAGAUUCGUCACAUUAUCCCGCUAUCAAAAGGAGUGAAUAACCACGUGGCAUUUUCACCUUAUUAUCUGCGCGAUUUGUUUUUCCGACGGUGUCCCAGAUGAUGAAAUCCGUAUGAGAUUAGAGCAAGCUGAAGAUGUUAAAGCCAUUAUCAAACGCAGAUGAUUAUGGUGCACGCGUUCUUCCAUAGCGCGUGCGUCGUUAUCACUUUUGUGAAGCAAUUAGAGAAGAUUAUCUCCGAGCGAGAAGACGAUUGAAAUUCCAGUUGAAACAGGAAACGGAGACGCGAGGAAAUAAUGCAGGCUUUAUUUAUCGAUGAAAUUGAAUGGACGAUUAAUUUUCUACGGUUCACGUAUCAAACUCUUUCUACGAGAACACAGAUAUAACUUUUUCUCCACUGUUAUCUCAGUGGGAAUUAAUAAUAUUACGCUACGUACGUAUAUGAAUCGCUUAGAAAGAGGUA